GCAUUCGUGCGAUGGACUCGAUCGAAACUUCUACGAGUGUUGUGGAGAGUCCCAGAAGCUUCUGCAAUGAACCGGAGGCACCACCUCCAUCCGCAGCGUCUGCGUUGGUGCCGUUUUCCUUUCGGAAUCCGUUUCACGAUGCGCUGCGUGACGCCACCCGUUGGUUCCCGAUCGCCGGUAAGCGUAUUCGCAUUGAUCAAGCGUGGCAGAGCGACGGACGCGGUGGUACGACUUUGGGCUUCGGGGCUUCAGUUUAUGACGCAGCCAUUGCACUAUCACUGUAUCUAGCAGCUCAUCCAGAUCUGGUGAAGGGGAAGCGCGUCGUUGAACUGGGAUGCGGUCCGGGACUUGUUGGAGUCGUAGCUGCUCACUUACAGCCCAAGAGUAUUGUCGUGACCGAUGGAGAUCCAGCAUCGGUUGCACUCACACAGCACAAUAUCGAGGUGAACGAACUCUCAAAAGAGAUUUGCACUGCGGACAAGUAUCUCUGGGGUGACAUGGAGCAUCACCUCGUGCGCGGCCAUAACUACGACGUGAUUCUUGGAGCUGACAUCGUGGCGUGCCCGUACGCCUCAGCAUUUGAAGCGUUAAUGACGUCGCUGCAAGCAAUGGCUGGACCUGAGACGCUGGUGCUGCUUGCCUACAAGAAACGUCAAAACUCGGAAGAGCAGUUCUUCGAAUCGUUUGAAAAAAUGUUUGAAAUUGAACAGAUCGACCGGUUGGAACUGCAUCCGGACUUCCAGGAAGGAAGUGAUAUGGUGCUUUUUAAGGCACGUCUGGAAAAUAAAUCGUAAAGUCUGCAUACAGUUUAUUCGUCUAGAAGUGUUCAAGAGCGGUGCUUUAUCUUGCCAAGUUGUCGAUAAGGAUGCGGCUAAAGUCGUCCGGAUUCUCCAUAAACAUUUGAUGGCCUCCGUUCGGAACACGAUAAAGAUCAGCAGCGUGGCCCUUCUCCUUGAAGCGCUCCACGAUACUUAGUCCAUUGCGGUAGUCCAUCCAGUCGUAUUCGCCAUAGAUAAACGUAAGCGGCAUCUUCACAUUCUCUGGACGCAAUACGUCCACGAGUGGUCGAACUGCGUGCACUCCUGGAGCAAGAUGCGUGAUCAUGGCGCGUUCUCCACUUGCCUUGAGCGCCCAAUUGUGGUAAACGUAUUCACCCAACUCAUUCAAGUUGACACGACCGUCUCGCAUGGCGCUUCCCUCCGACAUGAAUGAAGUUCGACGGUGCACCACGUUUUGCACCAGUCUCGGUCCAUACGGCCCCAUAAAGCGAGCGACAGACAUCGGCGUCACACCGUUUUCCCAAGCCGAGAAGACCAUGCGUCUCAGCCACGAGCGGUUAGCAGCUUUGCCUUCCUCCGUCGUCGGAUCCGGAGGCGGUGGUGGGUGUGGCACACCUGCAGGAGAUGCCAAUACCAAGUGCUAUAAUAUCGAAUGGAGUAGCGUCUGUCGUCAGUGUCUACAGUACUAGAAACCACAGAAGAAAUCGUGACUGCACUGCACUUACGUUGACUUGCUCAGGGUGCUUCAAUGCAUAUGAAGAUGCGAAGAUAGCCUAGUGGAUGUACGAUAGUAUCAGAUACACUGUUGGAUCAAGCAAACCAAAAGUUCAUAAGUAUGUAUUUCUUACCCCCAUUGAGUGGCCGACCAAUUCAAAAUUCUCAA